AUGCUGCAGCAGCGCCCGCAUUUACUGAGCCUUAAAUACGGGCAGAUCUUGCACCGGGACACAAGACACGAAGGAAAACUCUGCUGUGGCAAGAGCUAUGACAGAGAUGCACACAAGGGCGAGGCCGCCACUCGCGCGGUUUCGUCACCUCGGCUGUUCCCGAGCGAGGACUGGAGACUAGCGGCGCCGCAGGUCGGUCCGCCCACGGCCAGCCGCCUUCAGGGCCCCCAGUCGCCCUCAGGGUCCCCAGCCGCCCUCGGAACCCGCCAGUCCCGGAUUCCCUCCAGUGUCGGGCCCCGACAGUCAGCCCAAGGCCCACCGCCCCUCAGUCGGCAUCCAGCUCUGCCCGCGUCCCCGCAGCUGCUACGCAACCGCUCAAGGACCUCAGGAGGGCUGCCCGGCCGAAGGCCUGAAGGACCCCGGGAGGCUGGCUCGUGCGAUGCCGGGCCGGGGUACCGCCGGUGA